UUUUUUUUUUUUCUUUUUUUUUUCUCUUUUUGUUACCUUUUCAAAAAUUCUUUAUCAAGAUAAUUAAUUACUAUUGUUUAAUGUUUAUAGAACAUCAUUUCUAUAAAUAGCAUAUUUAAUCAGUUAAAAAUAAGUUUUAACAAAAAUUCCAUCAAAAUUUGAUCAUUUAACUAUUUAAGCACAAUAUUAUUAGUAAGCAAUAUUAUUAAAAAUUGAAUGAGUGAUUGGCUUUUAGAUAUUCUAGGGAUCAACUAGCCAAGUUUAGCUAUAUCUCCUAUCAUCUAGUAAAAAUAGUUUAAUAUACGAAAGGUGGAGAAAAUCAAGAAACCAAAUCCACAAAGUUAUGAGAACAAAACUUGUCAAAAUUAAGUUGGUAAUUAAAUAGUUUUGCUUAUCAUUUUUGAACAAAAGUCACAUUACAAUGGCAUUCAAUUCUAUCUUGAUCUUCUUCUUUGGUGUUUCCUUCUUGUUCAUAGAUGCCUUUGCCUCAGGGCCGCCCGCAGUGUGCUCAUCGGGUAAGAGGCAAUCCCCAGUAGAUAUCAACACAUAUUUUGCUAUACUCAACAAAACCUUAGAACCGCUUGAAAGAGAAUACCAUUUUCAUGAUACUCACAACACUACAUUUGUUACUGAUGGCAAACAUUUGGAGAUAUCUUUAGGUGGGAGUGGAGGAUUAAAAAUUUAUGGAAAGACAUAUAAUUUGACACAACUUCAAUUUCAUACUCCAUCCGAGCAUCGGUUUAACAGUGUCCCAUAUGCUGCAGAGCUACAACAGAUACACGAAGCCGCUGAUGGCAGCCGAGCAGUGGUGGCGAUUCUAUUCAAAUAUGGACCACCUAGUCCUUUCAUUGACAUGUUGAAGCCCCAGUUGCAAGAACUAGCUAAAAAACCUUGCACACAACAAAGGAUUGACAUCCCAAAGUUUGAUUUGAGCUUCUUGAGGAAAUGGCCACGCGAUUAUUAUCGAUAUCUUGGCUCUCACACUUCUCCUCCUUGUGAUGAAAAUGUCAUUUGGAAUGUGCUUUGCGAGGCUAAAACAAUAUCAGUGGAACAAGUGGGUGAAUUAAGUGCUCCUCUUUGUGAAGAAAACAAGAACAAUGCACGGCCCCUGCAACCAUUGAAUGGAAGAAAGGUCGAGAUGUAUGAUGAGGUUUAAUUUAGUUGAUUUAGCCAUUUGUUUAAAUGGGGCUUGCAAUUGUCUAGCUAGCAAGACAAAUUUUUAAAGAGCUAGUACGACUCUUUUUUUUCUUCCACUUUUUAAUUUUUAUCAUUUAUUUUUUUAAAAAUGUAUUGAAAAAUUAUGAGUAAUAAAACAACAUUUUAUUAGUGUUUUGUGGGAAACCACUUUUAAUACAUUUUUUUUUACAUAAUAAUACCAAAUGCAUGCCGGAAUUUGUUAAAUCCAUAAAAUUCUGGCGUUAGAUCAAUCACGUGUUCGCUAUUUCUCGUAUUAAAAUAAUUUUAUACUUUUUCCAUUUCACACACCUGUUUGCUAUUUCUCGCAUUAAAAUAAUAUUAUACUUUUUUCCAUUUCACACACCUGUUUGCUAUUUCUCGCAUUAAAAUAAUAUUAUACUUUUUUCCAUUUCACACAUUGUAAUAUUUCUCUAUUUGCACAUGUUUUCUCUUUUUUACUCUCCUUGUUAACAACAUAAUAAGUCCAUAUCU